AAUGGAAAGUGUGGAAGGGAGUAUAUAUCUUGCGAUGCCCAUUCUUCUUCUUCCUCGUGUAAAAACUCCAUUCUCGUUGUCAAUGCAUAUACAGUAGCAUCAUUCUCCCAUUCGUAUAUCCGUCAUACUCGGAAUAAGAUUAGGAAACCCUAGAGAAAUUCUUUUGUUUUUCUUGUAAUUGUGUUAGAUAUAAUGGAAGCGAAACCAAAGGUUAACGGCGGCGUAAAAGAUGGAAAACAGAACCGCCGUAUGCCGGCAAUCCAUGGUCCUACCAAUCCAAUGGUUACGCCACUCCUUACAGAUCUUUAUCAGUUCACCAUGGCUUAUGCUUAUUGGAAAGCCGGCAAGCAUAAAGACCGCGCCGUGUUUGACUUAUAUUUCAGAAGGAACCCAUUUUGGUGUUAUCAAAAGAAGACAUUUGCCUUUAUUCGAGAAUGUUUAUCUCCUACAUGUGAGGAUGGCUUCUUCGAGUAUCUUGGAGGAAUCGAUUGUUCUGAUGUUGAAGUAUAUGCUAUUGCUGAGGGAUCUGUCGUAUUCCCUAAAGUACCCUUGAUGAGGAUUGAAGGCCCUGUGGCUGUGGUUCAACUUUUGGAAACUCCUUUUGUGAAUCUUAUAAAUUUUGCUUCUUUAGUCACUACAAAUGCUGCAAGACACCGUUUUGUUGCUGGAAAAAAUAAACUUCUUCUUGAGUUUGGGCUUCGGCGGGCCCAGGGCCCAGAUGGUGGUGUAGGGGCAUCAAGGUAUUGCUACAUGGGAGGAUUUGAUGCAACAAGCAAUUGUGCAGCUGGAAAGUUAUUUGGAAUACCACUUCGUGGGACCCAUUCUCAUGCUUUUGUCAGCUCCUUCACGGGACCUGAUGAGAUUACAGAAAAGUCUCUCAAAAGUCAAGAUGGAUCAAAAGUAUGCAAAGAUUUUGUGAGUCUCACACAGACAUGGUUAAGCAAAUUAAAGAGAUUAAGUUCAUCAGAGGGCGUUUUUGGCGAAACCAAUCAAAGUGAGCUGGCAGCUUUCGUUUCAUACGCCCUUGCGUUUCCCAACAACUUUCUUGCUCUUGUGGACACAUAUGAUGUGAUGAGGAGUGGUGUCCCUAAUUUUUGUGCUGUAGCUCUAGCACUAAACGAUAUGGGAUAUAGAGCAAAGGGAAUUAGAUUAGACUCUGGUGACCUUGCUUACCUGUCAUGUGAAACAAGAAAGUUUUUUCAAACCAUUGAAAAGGAAUUUCAGAUUCCUGAUUUUGGAAACACUGGAAUCACUGCUAGCAAUGAUCUUAAUGAGGAAACAUUAGAUGCUCUAAACAAACAGGGGCAUGAGGUGGAUUCAUUUGGAAUUGGAACAAAUUUGGUGACAUGUUUUGCUCAACCUGCUUUAGGCUGUGUGUUUAAGCUUGUUGAGAUUAAUAACCAGCCGCGUAUAAAAUUAUCAGAAGAUGUCUCAAAGGUAUCGAUUCCGUGUAAAAAGAGGUCUUAUAGAUUGUAUGGGAAGGAAGGUUAUGCACUUGUAGAUAUAAUGUCAGGUGAAAAUGAACCACCUCCAAAGGCAGGGCAAAGGAUUUUAUGUAGACAUCCGUUUAAUGAAUCGAAGAGAGCUUAUGUGGUGCCACAACGUGUUGAGGAUCUUAUCAAGUGUUAUUGGCCUGGAAGUGCAGAGAAAGAAAGAGAAGAAUUGCCAACACUUGUGGAGAUUAGAGAUCAUUGUAUGAAGCAAUUGGAGCAAAUGAGGACAGAUCAUAUGAGAAGAUUGAAUCCAACCCCCUACAAGGUUAGUGUAAGCACAAAGCUGUAUGAGUUCAUUCAUUUUUUAUGGCUGAAUGAAGCACCUGUUGGGGAGUUGCAGUAACAUGCUGUUGCUACUACAUUAAUAGUAAAAUACACAUGACAUCAUACUCAUUCAAGAUGUCUUUACUCAAAAACAUAAUAAUUUUUUAUUUUUAUUUGUGUGAAGGUUUUUUUUUUUUUUGGUUUGUUAUAUAUUUUGACAUGCUUAUAUCAUAUACAUUAAUAAAUGUUUGUAUCCGUU